CAGUGCGGAUUCUUCCAGUCACUCCCAGCUUGUUGCCCGCCCAGCCUCUCGUUUGCCCAUUGCGGACUCAAAGCGGUGAAGUUCGACACUUUCUAGUCGAGUGGGCUUCAGUCGAAGCCGCUGAUGUGGAUGUGUCAUCGGUGAAAGGUGAAAAGUCAGGAUGACGACAGUAGCCGCUGAGUACGACCACAUGGACCUCCAGCAGCAGUACAGUGAGACUGUCAACAACCGCUGGGAUGACGAAUGGGACAAUGAGAACAGUUCAGCCCGCCUGUUUGAACGCUCACGUAUCAAGGCACUGGCAGAUGAGCGUGAGGCAGUGCAAAAGAAGACCUUCACCAAAUGGGUCAACUCCCACCUGUCCAGGGUGUCCUGCCGCAUCACGGACCUGUACAUGGACCUGAGGGAUGGACGCAUGCUCAUCAAACUACUGGAAGUGCUCUCCGGCGAGAGGCUGCCCAAGCCCACCAAGGGGCGCAUGCGCAUCCACUGCCUGGAGAACGUGGACAAGGCCCUGCAGUUCCUCAAGGAGCAGAGAGUCCACCUGGAGAAUAUGGGCUCCCACGACAUUGUGGACGGCAACCAUCGCCUCACCCUGGGGCUCAUCUGGACCAUCAUCCUCAGGUUCCAGAUUCAAGAUAUCAGCGUAGAAACAGAGGACAACAAGGAGAAGAGAUCGGCCAAAGAUGCCCUUUUGCUCUGGUGUCAAAUGAAAACUGCUGGCUAUCAAAAUGUGAACAUUCGCAAUUUCUCCACCAGUUGGAGAGAUGGGAUGGCUUUUAACGCACUCAUUCACAAGCACAGGCCAGACUUGAUUGACUUUGACAAGUUAAAGAAAUCCAAUGCCAAUCAUAACCUACAAAACGCUUUCAACCUGGCAGAACAGCAUCUAGGCCUAACCAAGCUCCUGGACCCAGAAGAUAUAAGCGUGGACCACCCUGAUGAAAAGUCAGUCAUCACCUACGUGGUGACAUACUACCACUACUUCUCAAAGAUGAAGGCUCUAAAAGUGGAGGGCAAGCGUAUUGGGAAGGUGCUGGACAAUGCCAUUGAGACAGAGAAGAUGAUUGAGAAGUAUGAGUCUCUUGCCUCUGAUCUGCUGGAGUGGAUUGAACAGACCAUCCUUAUCCUUAACAACCGCAAGUUUGCCAACUCUUUAAUGGGGGUGCAGCAGCAGCUUCAGGCCUUCAACACCUACCGCACGGUGGAGAAACCCCCUAAGUUUACUGAAAAAGGCAAUCUGGAAGUACUUCUGUUUACCAUCCAGAGUAAAAUGAGGGCCAACAACCAGAAAGUAUAUAUGCCAAGGGAGGGAAAACUCAUCUCUGAUAUUAAUAAGGCCUGGGAGCGACUGGAAAAGGCAGAGCAUGAGCGAGAGUUGGCUCUGAGGACAGAGCUGAUUCGCCAGGAGAAACUGGAGCAACUGGCUCGACGGUUUGACCGCAAGGCAGCCAUGAGGGAGACCUGGCUGAGUGAGAACCAACGCCUUGUUUCACAGGACAACUUUGGCUUUGACCUGCAGGCCGUGGAAGCCGCAACCAAGAAACACGAAGCCAUCGAGACAGACAUUGCAGCGUACGAGGAGCGCGUGCAGGCCGUGCUGGCUGUGGCCAGAGAGCUGGAGGCAGAGAACUAUCACGACAUCAAGCGCAUCACGGCGAGGAAGGACAACGUGAUCCGUCUUUGGGAGUACUUGCUGGAGCUGCUGAAGGCCAGACGCCAGCGCCUGGAGAUGAACCUGGGCCUGCAGAGGGUCUUCCAAGAGAUGCUUCACAUCAUGGACUGGAUGGACGAGAUGAAGAUGCUUCUACUCUCUCAGGACUAUGGGAAACAUUUGCUGGGAGUGGAGGACCUUCUUCAAAAGCAUGCUCUGGUGGAGGCUGAUAUUGCCAUCCAGGCUGACAGAGUAAAAAAUGUCAACGCUACAGCUCAAAAGUUUGCCAUCGAUGGUGAUAGCUACAAGCCCUGUGACCCACAGGUGAUCCGAGACCGGGUAGCUCAUAUGGAGUUCUGCUACCAGGAGCUGAGCCAGCUGGCCGCAGAACGCCGGGCUCGCCUUGAAGAAUCCCGCCGCCUCUGGAAGUUCUUCUGGGAGAUGGCGGAGGAGGAAGGCUGGAUCCGUGAAAAGGAGCAGAUCCUAUCUUCAUUUGAGCGUGGGAAGGACCUGACAGGCGCUUUGCGUCUGCUGAGCCAGCAUCGCACCCUGGAGGACGAGAUGAGCGGCCGUUGCGGGCACCUCCAGCACACUAUCGCCGAGGGUGAAGCCAUGGCGACCUCGGGCCACUUCGGCGCCAUCAAGAUCCGUGUGCGAAUAGCCGACUUGCAGGCGCAGUGGGCGGCUCUGGAGUCUCUCGCGGGAGUGCGGAAGGCUCGUCUGGAGGAGGCCCUGGCACUGCACCAGUUCCAGUCAGACGCGGACGACGUGGACGCCUGGACCUUGGACGCCCUGCGUAUUGUGUCCAGUUGCGAGGUGGGGCAUGACGAGUUCUCCACCCAGGCACUGGUCAGGAAACACAAGGAUGCGGCUGCCGAGGUCGCCAGCUACCGGCCUGUCAUCGAUGCUCUCCAUGAGCAAGCAGCCGUCCUACCUAAAGACGAGGCAGAGUCAGAGGAGGUAAAGGGACGAUUGGCGGGCAUUGAGGAGCGAUACAGGGAAGUAGCUGAGCUGACUCGGCUGAGAAAGCAGGCCCUGCAGGAUGCACUGGCCCUGUACAAGAUGUUUAGUGAGGCAGACGCCUGUGAGGUUUGGAUUGACGAGAAGGAGCAGUGGCUCAAUAUUAUGGAGAUACCAGAGAAACUGGAAGACCUAGAAGUUAUUCAGCACAGGUUUGAGAGUCUUGAGCCAGAGAUGAAUAACCAGGCCUCUCGUGUUGCUGUGGUCAACCAGAUUGCGAGGCAGCUGAUGCACAAUGGCCACCCAAGCGAGAAGGAUAUCAAAGCUCAACAAGACAAGCUCAACAAUAGAUGGAGUCAGUUCAGAGAUCUGGUGGACCAAAAGAAGGAGUCUCUCAAUUCAGCGCUAGGCGUGCAAAACUACCACCUUGAGUGCAAUGAGACAAAGUCCUGGAUCCGUGAAAAGACCAAGGUCAUCGAGUCCACUCAGGAGCUGGGGAACGACCUGACAGGCGUCAUGGCGCUGCAGCGCAAGCUUACAGGCAUGGAACGCGACCUGGCCGCCAUCGAAGACAAGCUGGAAGACUUGCGAGGUGAGGCGGAGCGUCUGGCCGAGGAGCACCCAGACCAGGCCAAGGCCAUCACGGGCCGCCUGGCAGAGAUCAAUGCCGUGUGGGAAGAGAUGAAGAACACCUUGAAGAACCGCGAGGAGUCUCUUGGUGAGGCCAGCAAGCUACAGCAGUUCCUCCGCGAGCUGGAUGAUUUCCAGUCCUGGCUGUCGCGCACGCAAACGGCCAUCGCCUCAGAGGACAUGCCCAACACCCUUGCCGAAGCUGAGAAGCUUCUAGCGCAGCACGAGGGCAUCAAGAACGAGAUCCACAACUACGAGGAGGAUUACCAGAAGAUGCGGGACAUGGGGGAGAUGGUGACCCAAGGCCAGACGGACGCCCAGUACAUGUUCCUCAGACAGAGGCUACAGGCACUGGACACGGGCUGGAACGAACUUCACAAGAUGUGGGAAAACCGGCAGAACCUGCUGUCCCAGUCUCAUGCCUACCAGCUGUUUCUCAGAGACACCAAGCAGGCAGAGGCCUUCCUCAACAACCAGGAGUAUGUGUUGGCCCACACAGAGAUGCCUACAACUUUGGAUGGGGCCGAAUGGGCCAUCAAAAAACAAGAAGACUUCAUGACAACCAUGGAUGCCAAUGAAGAGAAGAUCAAUGGCGUGGUGGAGGCUGGCAGGAGACUGGCGAGCGAUGGAAACAUCAACAUAGAGCGCAUCCAGGAGAGGGCUAGCUCUAUUGAUGACAGGCAUAAGAAGAAUCGUGAGGCAGCAGUGGAGCUCCUCAUGAAGCUGAAGGACAACCGUGACCUUCAGAAGUUCCUGCAGGACUGUCAGGAGCUUUUUCUAUGGAUUAAUGAGAAGAUGCUCACAGCGCAAGACAUGUCGUACGAUGAGGCCAGGAACCUCCACAGCAAGUGGCUCAAACACCAGGCCUUCAUGGCUGAACUGCAGUCCAAUAAGGAGUGGCUUGACAAGAUUAAGAAGGAUGGGUUGCAGCUAGUGUCGGAAAAGCCAGAGACCGAGGCUGUGGUGAAGGAAAAGCUCUCUGCUCUCCACAAAAUGUGGGAGGAGCUGGAGUCCACCACCCAGACCAAGGCCCAAUGUCUGUUUGAUGCCAACAAGGCGGAGCUCUUCACCCAGAGCUGUGCUGACCUGGACAAAUGGCUGGGCGGCCUGGAGGGCCAGAUCCAAUCAGACGACUACGGCAAAGACCUUACCAGCGUCAACAUCCUGCUGAAGAAGCAGCAGAUGUUGGAGAAGCAGGUUGAAGUCCGACAGAGGGAGGUGGUGGAGCUCCAGAGCCAGGUGCAGGCCCUCAGCCUGGAGGGGAGGGACACGGAUGAGGUGGACGGCCGCAGGCAGGUGGUGGAGAAGAAGUUCCAGGAGCUGCUGGAUCCGCUGUCCAAGAGGAAGAACUUCCUGGUGGCCUCUCGUGAGAUCCACCAGUUCAACCGGGACGUGGAGGAUGAGAUUCUGUGGGUCCAAGAGAGAAUGCCAAUUGCAACUUCGACAGAUCAUGGCAACAACUUACAGACCGUUCAACUACUUAUUAAGAAAAACCAAACCUUACAGAAGGAAAUCCAGGGUCAUCAGCCUCGCUGCGACGACAUUUUUGAGAGGAGCCAGAGCCUCCUGACCGAGGACGGCCCCGACGUGGAGGCGAUCCGCCAGCGCCUGGCCGACUUGCAGCAGCUGUGGAGCCUGGUCAUCGAGGAGACAGGCAAGCGCCACGCCCGUCUGGAGGAGGCCCACAAUGCUCAGCAGUACUACUUUGAUGCGGCCGAGGCGGAGGCCUGGAUGAGCGAGCAGGAGCUGUAUAUGAUGUCUGAGGAAAAGGCCAAGGACGAGCAGAGUUCGGUGGGCAUGCUUAAGAAACACCAGAUUGUGGAGCAGUCUGUGGAGGACUACGCUGAGACCGUCCACCAGCUCUCCAAGACAAGCAGAGGCCUGGUGGCUGAUGGCCACCCAGAGAGUGAGAGAAUAGGUAUGCGUCAAUCCCAGGUGGAUAAACUGUACGCCGGGCUGAAGGACCUAUCGGAGGAGAGGAGGGGGAAACUGGACGAGAGAUUCCGCCUUUUCCAGCUGAACCGUGAGGUGGACGAUCUGGAACAGUGGAUUGCAGAGCGGGAGGUGGUGGCUGGCUCUCACGAGCUGGGACAGGACUACGAGCACGUCACUAUGCUCCAGGAGCGUUUCAGGGAGUUUGCCCGUGACACCGGCAACAUCGGCCAGGAGCGCGUGGACGCCGUCAACCGCCUGGCCGACAAGCUGAUCAACGCUGGUCACACAGACGCCGCCACGGUGGCCGAGUGGAAGGACGGCCUGAACGAGGCAUGGGCCGACCUGCUGGAGCUGAUCGACACUCGAACACAGAUCCUCGCCGCCUCCUACGAGCUGCACAAGUUCUACCACGACGCUAAGGAGAUCCUCGGACGCAUCCUGGACAAGCAGAAUAAACUUCCGGAAGAGGUGGGCCGGGACCAGAACACAGUGGAGACCCUGCAGAGGAUGCACACCACCUUUGAGCACGACAUCCAAGCCCUCGGAACACAGGUAAGGCAGCUACAGGAAGAUGCGGUCCGUCUUCAGUCGGCCUAUGCCGGUGACAAGGCAGACGAUAUCCAGAGGCGGGAGUGCGAGGUGCUGGAGGCGUGGAAGAGCCUGUUGGAGGCGUGCGACGGCCGCAGGGUCCGUCUCCUGGACACAGGCGACAAAUUCCGCUUCUUUAGCAUGGUGCGCGACCUCAUGUUGUGGAUGGAGGACGUCAUCCGUCUAAUCGAGGCCCAGGAAAACCCAAGGGACGUGUCAUCUGUGGAAUUGUUGAUGAACAACCACCAGGGCAUAAAAGCAGAGAUUGAUGCCCGCAAUGAUAGUUUCACUGCCUGCAUCGAGUUGGGCAAGUCUUUGUUGGCCAGAAAGCACUAUGCAUCAGAAGAGAUAAAAGAUAAGUUACUACAGCUGACGGACAAGAGGAAAGACAUGAUUGAUAAGUGGGAGGACCGAUGGGAGUGGUUAAGACUGAUUUUGGAGGUUCACCAGUUUUCAAGGGACGCGGGCGUGGCUGAGGCCUGGCUACUGGGUCAGGAGCCCUACCUGUUCGGUCGAGAGAUGGGCCAGAGUGUGGAUGACGUGGAGAAACUGAUCAAGAGGCACGAAGCGUUCGAGAAGUCGGCUGCCACUUGGGAGGAGCGCUUCUCCGCACUGGAGCGUCUGACAACGUUGGAGUUAUUGGAAGUAAGAAGAUUGCAAGAGGAAGAAGAAAAAAGGAGGAAGCCCCCCACCCCAGAGCCUGUCCAGGAGUCUAACCCCCCACUGCACAGGGAAGGGGAGCCGAUUACUAAUGGCCUGCCAUCAGACCAGGACUCCCCACGAGACGGAGUGGAUGGUGAAAUGGUAAAUGGUGUUGCAGAGCAAAACUCCAAGGACCCGAGCCCCAUUCCCUCCCCCACCUCCGGUAUGAGGGCCAAGGGCAGCCAGUCAACUCUGCCCACCAAGAACCAAGACUCACCCACAUCCCAGCUAGAGGGCUUCCUGCACCGCAAACAUGAGUGGGAGGGGCAUAACAAAAAGGCCUCAAGCAGGUCCUGGCAUAACGUGUACUGUGUAAUAAAUAACCAUGAGAUGGGCUUCUACAAAGACAACAAGAAUGCCAGUCAAGGCAUUCCCUACCACAAUGAGAUUCCCAUCAGCCUGAAGGAUGCUGUGUGUGAUGUUGCCACUGAUUACAAGAAAAAGAAGCAUGUCUUCAAACUCAGAGUUACAGAUGGAAAUGAGUUUCUCUUUCAAGCCAAAGAGGAAGAGGAGAUGAGUACAUGGAUCCAGGCCAUCCUGAAUGCAGGGUCGCUGGAAAAGGUAGAGAUCACUCCCAGCAACCAGAGCACCCCAGCGUCGAGCCGAGCCCAGACCCUGCCCGCCACUGUCACCCUCACUACGGAGCCCAGCCCGGGCACCGGCAAGCGGGAGAAGGACAAGGAGAAGGACAAGGAGAAGCGCUUCAGCCUUUUCAGCAAGAAAAAACAAUAGAGGAUCUCUGUGAAUUUUUUUUAAAUUAGUAUCAGUGAAAUAUGUUUUUUCUCUCUCCCCUUUUUUUCUUUUUUUUCCUGCCCAUUUACAAUCUAUUUUAUUCUAGCUGAAACAGAACCACACACCUUGUGCCUAACAUUCUGAAUGGUCAGAUUAACUAACAGCCGUGAGGUGCAACUAUAAGGAAAACACACAUUAUCUGGUGGAGGUUAGAAGGUGUGGGGCAGAUUUCACCAUGAAAUUGUUUGAUAAUGUCAAAUAGAGGACUGAAUGCAGGUGUUUUUUGUUCAUUUGAUUGUUUUUCUUUGUUUUUAAUUGUGGUUAGUAAUGGGUCUGAGUAUUUAAACAUUUCCUCAAUUUUGUGAGGGUGUCUUGAAGAGACGACCUGAAUUCUCUUUUAUUGUUGCGAAGGGAGGCAACAGUGCUUGAAAUGAUUCCUUAUUUUGUGUAUGCUUAGUGCUCACACACAUUUUGGAUCAAAAUUUAACUUACACUCAACACACUUCUUAAACAGUUGGGCUCCUGAAGAACAUAAUCCUGUAUAUCUGCAUGCUUUAUCUGGUUUACAAAAGCCUCAUGUCUCACUUACAAUUGAAACUUGAUGGAUGGAUCUCCAGACAUGAUUUCCUCAAGGUGGACAAUUUUUUAACAUAGUUGUUUUUUUUCUUUCAUUAUAAUAUAUGUUUAAAAUAAUAAUUAUAGUACAGAUUAUAAAAUAAGUAUGUAUUAUAAACACUUAAAAGCAUUGAUGUUAAAUGGAAAAGUGGAAAUACAGCAUUUUCUGCAAAAAAGUAAUCCUGAAAAAAGUUUGCUUGCUUGUCCGCUAUAGCACUGCGCAUCAUGAUUUUUGCUGCGUUAUCUUGCUAUUUGAUACAUAGUGUGCAUUUCUCUGUCACUACAUCUAUUGUAUUGAAAUAAAUGCCAUCUACAGCACAAUCAGAAAUUAUGUAAUAGGAAUGAAAUUCUUUGCAAGGUCUGGGUCUUUGGGGCAUAUAUAUAGAACAUAGACCUGUCAUUCUGAUGUAUGAAAUUGUACCUGUAGACUCUCUCUCUCUCUCUCGAUUUCACUCUGUCACUCACUCUAUCUCUGUUAAAUAUGUGCUAUGUCAUUAAACUGCUUUUAAAAACA